AUGGCAUUAAUUCAUAAUCAAAAUGACAUACAAAACAUGUUUAGUAAGGCUGGCAAAAUUACUUCAGAAAAAUAUAUUGUCUUCUAAAGGAAAGAGGAAAUUAUCAACAACAGACCAAGAUAUUUUAAAACUAAAUCUUAAUCAGUUGCAUCUCCAGAAGAAGUCAAUCUAUAACCUGAAAAGAAAAUCCCAGAGAUUGCUAACAAGAAAUAAGUACAAAUUACUGAAGCUGAACUCAUUUAACAGAAAAAUCAACUUAAACUCUCAUAACCAUUCUCUAAGCAACUCUCUCGAUAAGUUGGACAUUAUACUAAAUUAAGUAAUGAUAAUAAACCAUCAUGUGGUCAAUAUCAUGUCAAAUUUAGUGAAUUAGAUAAGUACUUCUCUAUUAUUAUUAUCAAUAGAGCUGUUCAUUCCAUUCAUGAUUAUGAAAAAUCCCUUAAAAAAACUACACCCAGAGAUGUAGAAGGAAAAUUUGGAUAACCAGAAAGCAUUGAGUAAACAACUAUUGCAUUUAUUCAAGCAAACCUAUUGUUGAUCGACCAAGAUUUUCUCGUACUUGUUUUACAGAUCUAACUAGAUAAACUCAAAGGUAUAUAAAUAUAUUUUACUAAAUAGACCUGAUAUUUUCUUUGGAAGACCUACUCCACAUCCAGAUAGAUUCACAUUUUUAAGUGUUACUGAUUCUUGGAGUAAAAUUCCAAGAACACCAAAUGUUUAAUUAGAUAAAUAAUUAUCAAGAGAAUAAAUGAUUAUUUAUAAAAAGAAACAAUUUGCCCCUGAUUACCAUCCCAAUUUCGAAUACGGCAGAAAGUAUUUUAUAUAUUUUUUAACUCAAAUAGAUAAUUAGGUAGUUGUGGAGCUGCUUUUGAUAAACUCGAAAAAAGAAAAGAUAUUAUGACUAAAAUACCUCCAUACAAUAAUGAGGCUUAUUUCGAAUUUGAUGUCUAUUCUAAAGAUCCAUAAAGUAAAUUGUUUAGAAAUCCUACUGCUCCCAAUUUUGAUAAAAUGUUAGAAAGGGAAUGUGAUGGAAAAUCCUUAUUACCAAGUUUUAUGUAGGUAAGAAUAAUAUAUUAAAUUAGAAAUAUACCAAUACUCGUAUGGGUAUUGCUCAUUUAAAUCAAAAAAUGUUAGAAGUCAAUAAUUUUAGAGAUGGAAGAUUCCAAACUGUUACUUCAAGCUUUCUGCCAUCUAAAUUUAAAAGAAAAUAGAAGCUUGAUGAGUCUAGCGAAGAAAUUGAAUAGUUUGAGGACUAAUAAUGA